GCGCGCCGCGGCGACAAGCCCGACAACGCGGAGGCGAAGCUCGCCAAGGCCGUCUGCCGCGAGGCCGUCGUGCUCUGCCGCGUCGACGCCGCGGCCCUCGCGGCCGCGGCGCCGCCCCGCGCGGCCGCGGCCGCCGCCGCGGCGCUCGCGCGCGACGUCGACGCGCUCCGGGGCGGCCGCGACCGGCCGAGCGGCGAGCUCGCGCUCCGCGUCUGCAGCCCUGAAAAACUUCGCGGCCCCAUGCGCCGCGUCGCCGGCGUCGCCGCGCUGGUGGCCUCGCUGGGCGUGUGCGACGACUGCGGCCUCGAGGCCCUGGGGUCCGGGCCCUGCGAGUCCUGCGGCCUCGUCGAAGCGCACCAGGCGGCCCAGCUCGAAAGUGCGCUCGCCGCCUGCGAGGCGAGCGGCACGCCCGCGGGCGGCGUCGUGCGGUCCCUGCGCUCGGGCGCCUGCCCGACGUCCUGGGCCGUGACCUGCCUCGACCACUUCAACUGCGGCGCCAUCCUCCGCGACGUCUCGGACCCGCUCGCCGAGGGCCUCCGCGCGCUCGGCGCGGCCGACGUCGUCGCGGGCACGCUGUCGCACUGCCUCGCGACCGUCCCGGACUGCGGCGACCGCCAGCACCUCGUGCUCAACGGCAACCUCGCGAACGCGUCCCACGCGGCCGCGCUGCCGCGCGGCUCCGUGCUCGCGAGCCUCGGGGCGGGAAACGGGCGCGAC